AUAAAUUUAUGAAAUUAACGACGAGGAGCUGCUUCGAAAGCAUGUUUUUUGUGAGAGACCGUGCCUUGACCAGCUUUGUUGUUACAUAUUCCUAGGAAGUUUCGCCAUUUCUCAACAGUCUGGCUAAUAAUAUCGCUACGUUUUUGACGUACUCGGAACACCAACAGUCAAGAGAAUUCACAGAAUGUUUAAGGUUCACUCACUCUGACACAUAGAGGAGCAUUGUACGGUGUGGUCCGAUGUGCCUCUUGAAGCCGUCAAUUGGUGUACAAAGGAGUGCUAUUGUGGUCGUGAGGCCCGCCGCCGCCGCCGGCCGAACACUCGGGCGCUCUUCCGUCGCGCGCUCCAGCACCGCUGGGCUGAGAUACGCUAGCCGAUUCACGACUUAUCUGACUACACCUGGCAGCUGGGUAGUAGGGACUUCCAAAUAACUACCUGUUGUGGUUAUCGUUAAAUUUGCAGAACGAUGAAAUGCGCUGCUGCUGUGGAGGUGCCUGCAACAGAUACGGCUGGCGGCCGCGAUUCGGCGCGUGAUUCGCACUCAUAGAUUAUGAUUAAUUGCGUAUGCAAUCAAGGGGUCACUAGAUCGACGUUUGUUGAUAAAGGGAACACUCGGAGGUUAAAGCGGACUCUACUCCACCUGGCGUGGCGUCCUUGCAGAUGUUCUGCCCAUUGAGCGCGGGCGGUCCCCGGACCUCGGAGACGCUCCGCAACAGCGGGCCCGCCGCGGGCCGGAGGCUGACAGGCGCAUCGUUAACUUUCGCAAGGAGGAAGAACGCGUCGACCUUGUCCGUCCUUGCGGUGCGAUAACGCGGGUUCGGGGUCUCGUGGAAACGUGACGCUUUAGGCCGCGACCCCGCUAUCGCGCCCUUUUAACCGUGUGUCGCAUCGCCGCCGCAUCACUCGGCUCGCAAGCUCCUCGCGCGUAUCACGCACCGGCCGUACCGUACCGUGCGUUCAAAUAAAUAACAAAAAAAUAUUUUGUAACGAGACGACGCGCGACGUUCAUAUCGGUCCCGCGACGGAACCACCACAAGAAUCGUGCGAGAUCGCGACGCGACACACUGAGCUGCAGCCAUGCCGAGUGCCGUGACCAACGGAGCCCGCGGCGCAGAGGACGACAUCGUGCUGACGGGUCUCUCCGGCCGCCUGCCCGAGUCCAACACUAUCGAGGAGUUUGCGCAGCAGCUGUUCGAUGGCGUGGACCUGGUCACCGCGGACGACAGGCGGUGGACGCCAGGACUGCACGGAUUGCCGGAACGCAAUGGAAAGCUUAAAGAUCUGGCCCAUUUUGACGCGACAUUCUUCGGCGUGCACGCGAAGCAGGCGCACCUCAUGGACCCGCAAUUGCGGCUGCUGCUGGAGCUAACGCACGAAACCAUCGUGGAUGCCGGCAUCAACCCCAGCGAGCUGCGCGGCACGCGCACCGGCGUCUACGUGGGCGUCUCCAACUCCGAGACCGAGGAGAUGUGGACCACGGACCCCGACAAGAUCAACGGCUACGCCCUCACUGGCUGCUGCCGUGCCAUGUUCCCGAACCGCAUCUCUUACACGUUCGACUUCAAGGGGCCUUCGUUCGCCGUAGACACUGCUUGCUCCAGCUCCAUGUUCGCGCUGGCCCAGGCGGCCGCCGCCAUUCGCUCCGGGCACUGCGACGCCGCCGUGGUCGCCGGCUGCAAUCUGUGCCUGAAACCCGCCAACUCGCUGAACUUCCACCGGCUGAGCAUGCUGUCGCCUGAGGGCCGGUGCGCGGCGUUCGACGCCAGCGGGCGCGGCUACGUGCGCUCGGAAGCGGCCGUGGCGGUGCUGCUGCAGCGGCGCGGCGCCGCGCGGCGCGUGUACGCCACCCUGCGCGGCGCGCGCAUCAACACCGACGGCGCCAAGGAUCAGGGCAUCACCUUCCCCUCCGGCGAUAUGCAGCGUCGCCUUGCCGAGGAAACUUUCGCUGAAGCCAAGUUGCGCCCCAGUGAUGUGGUCUACGUUGAAGCUCACGGGACGGGAACUAAGGUGGGAGACCCGCAAGAGGUGAAUGCUAUCGCCGAGUUCUUCUGCAAGGGCCGCAAGACGCCGCUGCUGCUGGGCUCCGUCAAGUCUAACAUGGGUCACUCCGAGCCCGCGUCCGGGCUCUGUUCGAUCGCUAAAAUGGUAGUGGCAAUGGAGCACGGCGUCAUCCCCGGCAACCUACACUACAAGAGUCCCAACCCAGAUAUCCCUGCACUCAGUGAUGGAAGAAUCAAGGUCGUGGACCGCAACACUCCAUGGGAGGGUGGCCUGGUGGCGGUGAACUCGUUUGGGUUCGGUGGCGCCAACGCGCACGUGAUCUUCGAGUCGGAGGCUGGCGGCGGGGCGAAGCGCGCGCGCGCGGCGUACGCGGCGCCGCGCGUGGUGCUGGGCUCGGGCCGCACGGAGGAGGCGGCGCGCGCGCUCACGACGCUGGCGGCGCAGCACCGCGACGACGCGGGCCUGCACGCGCUGCUGGACGCCGUGCACCGCUACAACAUCCCCGGCCACUCGCACCGCGCCUUCGCCGUGCUCACCGACACGCCCAUGGAAGAGUGCGCCGAGGUGGAGAGCGGCGAGCCGCGGCCCGUGUGGUUCGUGUUCUCAGGCAUGGGCUCGCAGUGGCCGGGCAUGGCUAAGACUCUGAUGCAACUGCCAGCGUUCGCGGCGAGCGUGAACCGCUCGGCGGCGGCGUUGCGCCCGCACAACAUCGACCUCAUCAACAUCAUCACGGAUGCGCCGGCCGCAGCCUUCGAUGACGUCAUCAACUCCUUUGUCUCUAUUGCGGCAGUGCAAGUGGCACUCGUUGACGUGUUGCGCACGCUUGACAUCCGUCCCGACGGCAUCGUUGGACACUCAGUUGGUGAAAUUGGUUGCGCGUACGCGGAUGAGACGCUAACGGCCGAGCAAGCCGUGCUGGCGGCGUACUGGCGAGGCCGCAGCAUCGUGGACGCCAAGCUGGCGCCCGGAGCUAUGGCCGCCGUGGGGCUGUCGUGGGAGCAGUGCGAGGCGCGCUGUCCCCCCGAUGUCGUGCCCGCCUGCCACAACGCGCAGGACAGCGUCACGAUCUCAGGUCCUGUUGAUUCUUUGGAGAAGUUCGUCGCUACUCUGACGGCAGAGGGGACAUUCGCGCGACGCGUGAACAGCUCAGGUGUAGCCUUCCAUAGCAAGUACAUUGCAGCAGCCGCGCCGCUGCUGCGCCGGAGCCUGGAGCGCGUCAUCCCCGAUCCCAAGCCGCGCACGAAGCGCUGGGUGUCGUCCUCGCUGCCCCGCGACAAGUGGGACUCGGACCUAGCCAAGCUGAGCGACGCGAACUACCACGUGAACAACCUGCUGUCGCCCGUGCGGUUCGCGGACGCCGUGCGCGAGGUGCCGGCGCGCGCGCUGGUGGUGGAGGUGGCGCCGCACGCGCUGCUGCAGGCCGUGCUGAAGCGCGCGCUGCCCGCGCCCGCCGCGCACGUGGCGCUGGUGCGGCGCGACGGCGACGCGCUGGCGCACCUGCUGGCGGCGGCCGGCCGCCUGUUCGUGGCGGGCGCGCAGCCGCAGGUGGGGCGCCUGUACCCGCCCGUGCCCAUGCCGGUCCCGCGCGGCACGCCGGGGCUGGCCUCGCACGUGCGCUGGGACCACUCGCUCGAGUGGAGCGUGGCGCACUUCGGCUCGGCCUCGCGCUCCGGUGAGAACGUCAUCGAGUACGACGUGUCGCGCAACGACGACUCCUUCAUCACCGGCCACAACAUAGACGGCCGCGUACUCUUCCCCGCCACCGGAUACCUGACACUUGUUUGGAGAACUAUGGCUAAACUGCACAACCGAAAGCCCGAGGAGACCCCGAUAGUGAUGGAGAACAUUCAGUUCAGACGAGCGACCAUCGUGUCGCGCGACACACCGGUGCGCUUCCUCAUCAACGUGCUGGACGGGACGGGUGAGUUCGAUGUGUGCGAGGGUGGUGCCGUGGUCGUCACAGGACACGUGCGGCUGGCCGAGGACCCCGCGGCCGAGCGCCUGCGCGACCUGGACGACUCGCGCCCCAAGCAGGAGGAGGGCCUGUUGCCACUCAACACCGACGACAUCUACAAGGAGCUGCGCCUGCGCGGCUACAACUACAGCGGCAUCUUCCGGGGCAUCCGCGCGUCCGACCCGCGCGGCACCGUCGGGGAACUCGCUUGGGACGACAACUGGAUAUCUUUCAUGGACACCAUGCUGCAGUUCGGCAUCAUCGGCGUGGACACGCGGGAGCUGUACCUGCCCACGCGGCUGCAGCGCGCGCUCAUCGACCCGGCGGCGCAGCUGGCGGCCGUGGCGGCGCUGCAGGAGGGCGGCUGCGUGCCCGUACGCAUGCAUCGCGACAUCGACGUCAUCGCCGCCGGCGGCAUCGAGUUCCGCGGCGUCAAGACCAGUUUGGCGCCGCGACGCGCCAACCCGCAAGCGGCCCCCAAGCUAGAGAAGUACGUGUUUCUGCCCUACGACAAUGCCAGCGUUGCCACCGAGGACACUUCGCGGUCCAAGCGCGAUGCACUCACCGUCAGCUUGCAACUAGUGCUCGAGAACGCGGGCGCCUUAAAGCUCAAGAUGGCAGAAGCGGCCCUCGACCGCCCGGCCGAAGCGUUGCUCACCCCGAUGGCUAUGCAGAUCUUAGAAGCCGAGCCUCAGGUGCGAGUGGACGCGACGCUCGCCGCCGGGCCCUCACACGCCGCGUACUCCGCAACCGUUAAGGACCUCGGUGUGAAGGUAACGCCGAAGGACGGACAGGCGGCGGCCAUCGAAUCCGACUGCCACCUCGUGCUGGCCGCCGAUGUGCUGUCCCGCCACGGGGCGGCCGCUCUGGGCAACCUGGCCGCCUCGCUGGGCGACAGCGGUAUGAUGCUGCUAGAGGAGCCGCAGAAAGCCCUGGACGAGCGAGCCGCGCGCGACUGCAUCGAGCGCGCCGGGCUGGCGCUGGUGUCGCGCCAGGUGGCCGCCAGCUGCGAGUACGUGCUGCUGCGCCGCAAGGCCGCGCUGCCCGCGCGACACACCGUCGUGGAGGUGGCGGACGACGGCGCCUACCGCUGGGUGGACACGCUGCGCGAGGCGCUGGCGCAGGCCGAGGCCGAGGACAUGCGCGUGUACUGCGUGGCGCGCGCGCCCUCCAGCGGCGUGCUGGGCCUGGUCACGUGCCUUCGCGGCGAGGCAGGCGGCCGCGCGCUGCGCUGCUACUACCUGCCCAACGCGCGCGAGCCCUUCGCGCCCGACGCGAAGCCGUAUGCGGAGCAGGUGCAGCGCGACCUGGCCAUGAACGUGCUGCGCGCCGGCGUGUGGGGCUGCUACCGGCACCUGCCGCUGGCCGACGCGGCCGAGGCGCAGCUGCAAGUAGAGCACGCCUACGUGAACACCAUGACGCGAGGCGACCUGUCUUCGUUGCGCUGGAUCGAGAGCCCGCUGCGGUUCGCGCACGAGCAGCCGCUGCCGCCGCGCACUGACUUGUGUCGCGUGUACUGCGCUCCGCUGAACUUCCGUGACAUCAUGCUGGCCACCGGCAAGCUGCCACCGGACGCGUUGCCAGGCAACCUCGCCGGACAGGAGUGCAUUCUGGGAUUGGAGUUCAGCGGGCGGUCUUCUAACGGCAAGCGCGUGAUGGGCAUGGUGGCGGCCUGCGGGCUCGCCAGCUCCGUGCUGGCCGACAAGGGCUUCCUGUGGGAGGUGCCGGCCAAGUGGUCGCUGGAGGAGGCGGCCACGGUGCCGGUGGCCUACGCGACGGCGUACUACGCGCUGAGCGUGCGCGGCCGCAUGCGGCGCGGCGAGGCCGUGCUCGUGCACGCGGGCACGGGCGGCGUGGGGCAGGCCGCCAUCAGCAUCGCGCUGCACGCCGGCUGCACCGUGUACACUACCGUGGGCACGCCCGACAAGCGCGCCUUCCUGCGCGAGCGCUUCCCCGCGCUGCCGCCCGAGAACAUCGGCAACUCGCGCGACACCUCCUUUGAGCAGAUGAUCAAGCGGCGCACGCGCGGCCGCGGCGUCGACCUCGUGCUCAACUCGCUGGCCGCCGACAAGCUGCACGCGUCCGUGCGCUGCUUGGCCGAGGGCGGCCGUUUCUUGGAGAUCGGCAAACUGGACCUGUCCAACGACACCGCACUGGGCAUGGCAUUCUUCCUCAAGAACACCACGUUCCACGGCAUCCUGCUCGACGCCCUGUUCGACGCGGGCGAGGAGGACAGCGAGAAGGCGGCCGUAGUCCGCUGCGUGACCGAGGGCAUGGCGGCCGGCGCCGUGCGCCCGCUGCCCGCCACCGUGUUUUCCGACCACCAGCUAGAACAGGCCUUCAGGUACAUGGCGACCGGAAAGCACAUCGGUAAGGUGGUACUGCGAGUGCGCGAGGAGGAGGCGAGCGGCGCGAGACCCGCGGCCAAGCUGGUGUCGGCCAUCCCGCGGACCUACAUGCACCCCGCCAAGAGCUACGUGCUGGUGGGCGGCAUGGGCGGCUUCGGCCUGGAGCUGGCGCAGUGGAUGGUGAAGCGCGGGGCCACGCGCCUCGUCAUCAACUCGCGCAGCGGCGUGCGCACGGGCUACCAGGCGUGGUGCGUGCGGCGCUGGCGCGAGCUGGGCGUGCGCGUGGCCGUGUCCACGCAGGACGCCACCAGCGCCGCGGGCGCGCGCGCGCUGCUGCGCGAGGCCGCCGCGCUGGGGCCCGUGGGCGGCGUCUUCAACCUGGCCGCCGUGCUGCGGGACGCCUUCCUCGACAAGCAGACGCCCGCCGACUUCCAGGCCGUGGCUAAGCCGAAGAUAGACGCCACUAAGAUGUUGGAUACGGCUACGCGUGAGCUGGCGCCAGAACUGGACUACUUCGUUGUGUUCUCGUCCGUGUCUUGCGGGCGCGGCAACCCCGGCCAGAGCAACUACGGACUCGCAAACUCCGCCAUGGAGCGCAUAGUGGAGCAGCGCCAGGCGGACGGACUGCCGGGCCUGGCCGUGCAGUGGGGCGCCAUCGGCGAGGUGGGCCUCAUCGUGGAGACGAUGGGCGGCGACGAGACCGUAGUGGGCGGCACCAUGCCGCAGCGCAUCGCGUCCUGCAUGGAGGCGCUGGGAACGCUGCUGGCGCUGCCGCACGCCGUGGGCGCGUCCAUGGUGCUGGCCGACAAGCGCCGCACCGCCGCCGCCCCGCAGCAAGACCUGCUGCACGCUGUGGCCAACAUCCUCGGUAUCAAGGACCCCAGCAAGGUUUCGGACUCGGCCAAUCUCGCCGAGCUGGGCAUGGACUCCUUGAUGGGCGCUGAGAUCAAGCAGACGCUGGAGCGAGGCUACGACGUGGUGCUAGGCGUGCAGGAGAUCCGCGCGCUGACGUUCGCGCGGCUGCGAGCCAUGGCGGGCGGCGACGAGGCGGCGGGCGGCGAGGCGGGCGCGGACUCCGCCGAGCCCGCCGCGCAGCCCGCCACCGACCAGGUGCAGUUCGCGGCUCUGGGCGAGCUCAUGCCCAAGCAGGUGCUCGUCAAGUUGCCCAGCGCUGCUCCUGCCACUUCCGACUUAAAGCCCGUGUUCAUGGUGCACCCCAUCGAGGGCGUGGUGGACCUGCUGCGCGGCGUGGCGCGGGCCGUGCGCGCGCCCGUGUUCGGGCUGCAGUGCACGGCGGGCGCGCCGCUGCAGGACAUGGCGGCGCUGGCCGCGCACUACGUGGCGCACGUGCGCGCGCUGCAGCCGCAGCCGCCCUACACGCUGCUGGGCUACUCCUUCGGCGCCGGCGUCGCCUUCGAGAUGGCGCUGCAGCUCGAGAAGGCGGGCUGCGAGACCCGGCUGGUGCUGGUAGACGGGUCCCCGGCGUACGUCGCGACGCACACGACGCGUGGCAAGCAGAAACGCGCCACUCGCUCUGCGCAAACUGAUGAAGCUGACGCGCUCGCUUACUUCAUACAACUGUUCAAGGACGUCGAUGCUGUCAAGGUGUCGGCGGAGCUGGAGCGGCUGCCGAGCUGGGAGGCGCGCGUGGCCCGCACCACUGCGCUGGUGGGGACGGCGGCGGGCCCGCACGGCGCCGACGCGCUGGCCGCCGCCGCCGCCUCCUUCUACCGCAAGCUGGUGGUGGCCGACACGUACAAGCCGGCCGGCCGCCUGCGCGCGCCCGUCACGCUGUUCACGGCGCGCGACAACUACGUGACGCUGGGCGAGGACUACGGGCUGCGCGAGGUGUGCGACGGGCCACUGGCCACGCAGCAGCUGGCCGGCACGCACCGCACCAUCCUGGCGGGCGACGCGGCCACCUCCAUCGCGGCGCACCUGAGCUCGCUGCUGGCGCACUAG